GUCAAAACUGUCAACGUCAUUGUGACAAGGUCAACUUUUUUUCGUUCAUUUGUUUACUUCUGGUCUGGUAAUUUGACGGUACCAAACUCAAAACAAAUGCUCUGCGAAAUUAUUUUAUAGGCCUACUAUAUUUUUGUUUUCUCUAUAAAUCGUCUAAAUGAGUUCAGACGAGAGCGAAGAUGAUUUCACACCAAAAGAGGGCCCCAAACAGAACCGAACAGCCAAAAAAUCGACGGCCCCGCAACAGCAAGUGGCCUACACAACCAGAAGACAGGCCGCUAGAAAUGCUACAAAAGCUUUACGGGCCACUAGUGAACAUUUCAUGGCGAACUUCAACCCUGAAACUAGCGUUAGGGAAAAAAGAAAAUUGAAUAGGAAAAUCAACAUCACAAGUAAUGUAAGACGUCCAGCAGGUGCAGUGUAUGAUGAAAAUGGUAUUCACAUUUCAACAGGAAUGGAUAUUUGCGAUUGCCUAAAUGAAAACUGCGCAGGAUGCUUCUUCGAAUGUCCAAAAUGUGGCUCUCAGAAGUGCUCUGUUGAAUGCAGAGCCCACAGAAAGUUCAUCAUAGAGCAAGUUGAAUAUCAUGGAUAUGAUCAUAUUAUAAAGAGUCCUAUUGUCACUUCAAAGUUCCAUUAUUGCUGAAAAAUAGUGGAAGUAUUGUGAACAUUGUAAAUGGGGACAGAAAUAGUUUUACAGAUUGUACUGUAAAAAUAUGGAACUACACUGUGUUUUGUGACAAACUGUGUACGUAAAGAGAAGCAAAAAGGAAAUGUAGUUUUAAGUGUAGAUUUGAGUAUUUCAUCUGUUAUGCUGUAAUUUUGAGUUGAUUUUGUGUUUAAAUUAAUAAAAAAACUGAAAAUGAC